GGCACAGUCCUCAGGAUGUUCCGAGGGGAAUAGAAGCCAGAACCAGAGCCUCUGACUCCUGUUCCCCCAGUGAUGGGGUCCCCAACGAGUCACCUCCGGGCUGGCCUAUGUGCGUUGGUGGUCUUGGGGUGGAUAGGGGGCUCAGCCCCCAACCUGGGCCCUGCUGAGCAGGAGCAGAACCACUACCUGGCCCAGCUAUUUGGCCUGUACGGGGAGAACGGGACGCUGACAGCAGGGGGCCUAGCGCGGCUUCUCCACAGCCUGGGGCUCGGCCGGGUUCAGGGGCUCCGCUUGGGACACCACGGGCCUCCAGCCAGUAGGGCUGUACCCCCAGCCGGCGACAAUUCCACAUACAGGCUGCAGGACCCUGAGCUGAGUGUGGAUGUCUGGGCAGGACUGCCUCUGGGUCCCUCAGGAUGGGGUGGCCUGGAGGAGCCAGAUGCCCCCCAUGCUCCCCAUGGGCCUGCCCCCUCGGGCCUGGACCUCUUUCAUAGGCUUCUGUUGCUGGAUCAUUCGCUGGCUGACCAUCUGAAUGAGGAUUGUCUGAAUGGCUCCCAGCUGCUGGUCAAUUUUGGCUUGAGCCCUGCCGCUCCUCUGACCCCGCGUCAGUUUGCUCUGCUGUGCCCAGCCCUGCUUUACCAGAUUGACAGCCGUGUCUGCAUCCAGGCCCUGGCCCCAGCACCCCCAGGGGAUGUACUAUCUGCUCUGGUCCACAGUGCCCUGGCAGUCCUGCUGCUCAGCCUCCCUGCUCCCCUCUCCCUGCUGCUACUGAGGCUCCUGGGACCUCGUCUCUUGCGGCCCUUGCUGGGCUUCCUGGGGGCCCUGGCCGUGGGCACUCUUUGUGGGGAUGCACUGCUACACUUGUUGCCGCACGCCCAAGGAAGGCAACAUACAGGGCCUAGCGGGCAACCGGAGGAGAACCUGGGUCCAGGGCUGUCAGUGCUUGGAGGCCUCUUCCUGCUCUUCAUACUGGAGAACAUGCUAGGGCUUUUGCGGAAUCGAGGAUUGAAGCCAAGAUGCUGCAGGUGGAAAAGGCGGGAUCUCGAAAGACCAAACGUGGACCCAGAGGAUGGCAACGGGAUGGCCCUUCAGCCCCUGCAGGCAGCUCCAGAGCCAGGGGCUCGGGGCCAGAGAGAGCAGGACAGCCAGCCCUCACUAACCCCAGCCCCUCCUGAGCACCGAGGCCACAGUCAUGGGCACCAAGGUGGCGGUGGCACCAACAUCACGUGGAUGGUUCUCCUGGGAGAUUGUCUGCACAACCUCACUGAUGGGCUGGCCAUAGGUGCUGCCUUCUCAGAUGGUCUCUCCAGUGGCCUCAGCACCACCCUAGCAGUCUUCUGCCAUGAACUGCCCCACGAACUGGGUGACUUUGCAAUGCUGCUCCAGGCAGGGCUGCCCUUUCGGCGGCUGCUAUUGCUGAGCCUGGUGUCUGGAGCCCUGGGACUAGGGGGUGCAGCCCUGGGGGUGGGGCUCAGCUUGGGCCCUGUCCCGCUCACUCCCUGGGUGUUUGGGGUCACUGCCGGGGUCUUCCUCUACGUGGCCCUCGUGGACAUGCUACCGGCUCUGCUUCGUCCUCCUGAGCCCCUCCCUAUGCUCCAUGUGCUACUGCAGGGACUGGGGCUGCUGCUGGGGGGCGGCCUCAUGCUCACCAUUGCCCUGCUGGAGGAGCAGCUGUUGCCCCUGGUCACUGAGGGCUGACAAGGGCCAGUGACAAGGGGUCCAGGCUGCCCUUCCUUCCCCCCCGACCACAGGAAUGGAGGCAGUACACAGGGCCAGUAGGAGCAAUAGGAUUUUAAUAAACAGAACCCAUCCCAAA